AUGAACCAACGCGAGUCACCAGACAACCCUGAUGCCCCGUUAUACGUGGGUAGUGCUGAACAAUGGGAGUUCAGUAAAGGCCUUGUCGACAUACGCGGAGAUGUCGUUGUGCCCUGUGACACUCGCUUUCUCAUCGAACUCGUGACAAAGCUGGAUCGAGGCUAUCAUUCUAUUCUCAAGCAUCUCGUCUCAUGCUCUAACCGUACCUGUGUUAUUGAUUCUGACGAGUUUUGUCAAACCGUCAAUGAUGUUGCCUUCUUUUUUGUGGAGAUCGCGAGGGAGGUUCGUCGUCUACAGCGCUACCCAAGGCUCUGCCGUGAUGAGUCUUUACUGCAGACAUGCCAAUCUGCCAUAUUAUCUAAACUGUCCGCCAACCACGAUAAAUGGGCACGCGUUAUAGGGGAGUCAUCUUCUAAAGCUUGCUGGGCUAGGCUUCAGAAAUCCGAGUAUUUGAUCGAGCUGUGGUUGAAUCAUCCCACCUAUCAGUACGACCUGAAGCCCUGGAACCAGUUCUUGAACGAUGAAGCGCCUGGUACUGGAAUAAACGUCAAAACCAAGUUUCUCAAGGAUGUCUAUGGCAACAGCCCUUAUGAACCUUCUGAAUCAGUGCUUCAAGGCAACUUUCACAUAGUUCCCCCUGGUGGAUGGGCACUCUGGAGGACCUGGGUUGAUCACUUUCUGGAGAUCGAAAAGAAAAUCUAUCGAACAGUGGUUCCACCCUCUAUGCGAUCUGAUGGCAUUGAGACUCCCAACCCAAAGUUCAACAGGGAAUUGAAUAAAUUGGAACCAAUGCUUUACAGUUACCAGACAACCACAUUCAAUUUUCGCCCCAACUUGUGGCAACCUCGAGGCAGUCGCGAAAGAGUGUUUCCCCCUGAUAUGUUGCCGGCACUCGAAAAAUUCUUAGGUAUCUCUGCAAGUGACGCCAAUUGA